UUUGUUGACAAUGACAAAUGAUGAAUGAUUUUCUUUUCAUUGUGAUCAUAACACAGAUGUGAAUUGAUCACAUGUAAUCAGAUUAUUGCGUUUAGUGUUUAUAAUAACCAAUGCCUGACUGGAUAUUUCAACAUAUGCCUAACCUUUACCAUAUUUAAUACAAUACAACAAAUCAGCAAGCAGACGGCAGACAGCACUCAAAGAUACAGAAUCAGCAAGUGAAAAACAUCAAUAUGAGGGGACCUAUGAUCUGCAUAAUCCUGCUCUUACCAGCAGUAGCAUCACAAUGUACAGGAAUUCAUAACCCAGUUGAAAGGAGAUGUGGUCCUCCUCCUUCCCGGCUCUACUCUCUCCCAGGAUAUCCCGCUGUACAACAAAUCUUUAAGAAUGUGCACUAUGAAACGAUGACGUUAUAUUUGAUUGGUAAUGAUGGGACUGUAGGAGUUCAAAGUUGGCAACUAAACCCUGGUGACAUUCUAACAUUGGACACCGCUAUGCGCCAAGGCUAUGUAGCUUCAAGUGGUACAGGUCCAGACAAAAGAUGGUUAAGACUAGGAGGUCGAUGUUACUAUUACCCAUCAAGCCCUGAUACAGAUGGUUGCACCAUUUAUAUUAGUUCAUUCUAGACUAAGAGGCUGGUAAAUUGAAAUAUAAGGAAGCCUGCAGAGUACAAAAUUUUGUGUAUGAAGUAUAUUUAAUAAACAAG